CCCAUCCCUGGUCUAGAUAAUCAAACAGGGUUUUAGAGUGUAGAUCUACAGCAGAUAAGAUGAAUUCCAUUUUAAUGUGUAAGGAGCAACAGUAGUUUAAAGCAAAUGGAUAUUUGUGUCUGGAAUGUCAAUGGUAAUUUGGCGAAAGCAAUCACAAAUGAAAAUCAAUAUUGUGAUUAAUAAUACACAUGAUACUAAUAGGUUACUUUGUUCAUUUUUGUUCACAGCUGAUGAAGUCCUGAGGAGAGUUAUAGAGAAGCAUAAAGCCAGUCUGAAGAGGAAGUUUGAGAACAUAUCUGAAGGCAUCAUCAAACCAGGAGCUGAGACACCCCUCAAUAAGAUCUACACAGAGCUCUACAUUACAGAGGGAGAGAGUGAAGGGGUGAAUAAGGAACAUGAGGUUUGGCAGGUAGAGUCAGCAUCCAGAGCACAAACCACAGAAGACACACCAAUCAACUGCAAUGACAUCUUCAAGCCCUUACCUGGGCAGGAGAAGAACAUCAGAACUGUGAUGACCAAAGGUGUUGCUGGCAUUGGAAAAACAGUCUCAGUGCAGAAGUUCAUUCUUGAUUGGAUAGAUGAGGUAGCCAAUCAGAAUGUAGACUUUAUAUUUCCCCUUCCUUUCCGUGAGCUGAAUUUGGUCAGGAGUGAUCAGUAUAGUCUUCACAAGCUUCUGCUUGACUUCCAUCCUGAACUGAAGGAGUUGAAGGAUGGUGAAGAAUACAACAACUGUCAGGUUGUGUUCAUCUUUGAUGGUUUGGAUGAAAGUCUAUUACCUCUGAAUUACCAACAGAACAUGAUAUCUGAUUUAAAACAAACAUCAUCAGUGGAUGUUCUGAUGACAAGUCUCAUUCAAGGAAGCCUGCUUCACUCUGCACACAUCUGGAUAACCUCAAGGCCAGCAGCAGCCGGUCAAAUUCCUGCUCAGUGCAUCGAUCAGGUGACAGAAGUACGAGGGUUCAAUGACCCACAAAAGGAAGAGUACUUCAGGAAGAGAAUCAGUGAUGAGAGUCAGGCCAGCAGAAUCAUCUCACACAUUAAGGCAUCCAGGAGUCUCCACAUCAUGUGUCACAUUCCAGUCUUCUGUUGGAUUGCAGCCACGGUCCUUCAGCAGAUGCUGGACAAGACUAAAGACAUUCCAAAAACUCUUACUGAGAUGUUCAUACACUUCUUGCUCAUCCAGACCAGAAGGAAGGAUCAGAAGUAUCAGAGUGGAACUGAGACAGAUGGAGAGAAACUUUUAAAAUCUCAGAAAGAGAUUUCACUGAAGCUUGGAGAACUGGCUUUCAAGAAUCUAGAGAAUGGCAAUCUGAUGUUUUAUGACGAAGAUCUGAUAAAGUGUGGCAUUGAUGUCAGUGAAGCCUCAGUGUACUCUGGCAUGUGCACUGAAAUCUUCAAGGAAGAAUCUCUGUUUCAUGAGAGGAAGGUCUACUGCUUUGUGCAUCUGAGCAUCCAGGAGUUUCUGGCAGCUGUGUUUGUGUUUCACUCUUAUGUGACAAAGAACCUCAAGGCACUGAAAUCCCUCCUAUGUGAAGAACAUGAACCCAGUCCAUCUGUUUUAUCAUCUCUUCAAUCAGUGCUGGGCUUACAAUCUAAUGACCAUCUACAUGUGUUACUUAAGAGUGCAGUGGAUGAGGCUCUGAAGAGCAGGAAUGGACACCUGGAUCUUUUCCUUCGCUUCCUUAUGGGCAUCUCUCUGGAGAGCAAUCAGAGACUUUUGAAAGGUCUACUGAACCAUGAAUACAGCAGCUCAAAGAGCACCAAGGAAAUAUGUCAAUACAUUAAGAAGCUCAACAGCGAAGAUCUCUCUCCUGAACGAUGCAUCAAUCUUUUUCAUUGCUUAUUUGAAAUGAACAAUCAUUCCAUGGACAAAGAAAUUAAGAAAUAUCUGGAGUCACCAAAGAACAUCAAACUGAAAUUGUCUCCUGCUCACUGUUCAGCACUGGCCCACAUACUUCUGAUGUCUGAGGAGGUGCUGGAUGAGUUUGACCUGAAGAAAUACAACACAUCAGAUGAGGGACGCAGGAGACUGAUCCCUGCUGUGAGAUGCUACAGAAGGGCACGACUUGCUGAAUGCAAACUCACAGAUAAGUCCUUUGGAGAGCUCACACUGGACCCAAACACAGCAGGCAUACAUCUCUCUCUCUCUGAGGGGAACAGAAAGGUGACGGGUGUGAAUGAGGAGCAGCCAUAUCCUGACCACCCAGAGAGAUUUGACCACUGGGAUCAGGUGUUGUGUAGAGAUGGUCAGUCUGGACGCUGCUACUGGGAGGCUGAGUGGAGUGGGGAUGGGGCUCAUAUAUCUGUGGCAUAUAAAAGCAUCCAGAGGAAAGGGAGGAGUAAUGAGAGCGCACUGGGAUAUAAUGACAAGUCCUGGAGUCUGCACUGCUCUCCUGACAGUUACUAUGCCUUCCACAAUAAUGAACACACUGGCAUACCUGUCCCCUCCUCCCGCUCCAGAAGAGUAGGAGUGUACCUGGACUGGCCAGCCGGCACUCUGUCCUUCUACAGCGUCUCCUCUGACACACUCACCCACCUGCACACGUUCCACUCCACAUUCACUGAGCCCCUCUAUCCUGGGUUUGGGACCCUCAACACUUAA